CGCUAAAUUAUACUUCCGGUGUCAGAGUGAACUGCAUGGGAAACUCACAAGUGCUCGUUUUAACAUAAUAACAAGCGCAAGGAGUUGACAUGUCGGUUUGGAACCAGCAGCUCCAUCUGGCUGUGAGGGAGGGAGACAGUGCAGGCGUGGACCGACUGGUGGGGGCUGGGGCCAACAUCAAUCAUAUGUUUUAUGGAUGGACUCCCCUACAGCUGGCCAUCAACUUAUGUCAUGACGACAUUGCAAUUUUACUUGUGAACAGAGGAUGUGAUAUCAGCUUACAUGACAGGAACCAUGUGUCUCCCUUUGGGGACGCUGUAAACAAACGUCUUUGUAAGGUUGUGGCAGUGUUACUGGACAAAGGGGCAGCUCCUGACCAACUGAUGACCAGUGGUCAUACUGCUCUGUGUCGGGCAGCUGUGUGGGAUGAUCCCAAACUGGCCUCCGUAUUAAUUACAGGUAAGGCUACAGUGGACUCUAGAUGUCACAGUGGAGAAGUGUCGCUGUUCAUGGCAGCUAGGGAGGGUCAUGCACGUCUAGCUCAGAUCCUCCUGGACGCGGGAGCUGACUGUAAUACUAUGUGUAAGGAGGCAGGCUUACAGACACCACUUAUUGUCGCUGCUUCACACGACCACACAGACGUCAUCAGGGUCCUGUUGAAGUUUAACUGUGACCUUAAUGCUCAGGACAGUGAUGGCUGGACAGCUCUGUGGCACGCCCAUAGCAACAGCAGUGCUGACAUCAUGAGGCUCCUCCUGAAAUCAGGGGCAGAUAAGAACAUCACAAAUGCAGACGGACACACAAUCUUAGAUGAAGCUAAAUUGUCAGAGGAUGAAGACAUGAUUGAAAUCUUACAGAAAUUUGGUCAGUCCUGGACGUGAUAAAAAUAGACCAGAAAUGUCCAGUAGUGUGUGUUAACAUACUGCCAGAGAUAAUGUUAAAAUGUUAUAUAAGUUUAUAUUUUGUUCAAUAGUGCAAGUUUACUGAUGUGUUCCGUUAAUAUUUUAUAAGAUUUAUUCCAAUACAUAUGUUGAACACUUUUUGUUCUCAAUCGUCCUCGAUAUCCAGCGGUUACGGUCACUUACACUCUCUACACCCCUGGAAUAUGUCAUAGCAAAAUUGAAGGCACGAAGACAGCUGUU